AUGCCAAACAACAAAAAGAAAAGUGUGUCCAGUAUCAAAGGAUUGGACAAGGCACAUCCAUAUUCUCGCAAGGCACUCCAAGUUCAACGAGCAUUGCACAGGGACACUGAACUAACAAAAAAAAAGGCGGAUAGAGACAAUCAUAAGCGUCUUGCAGUUGAGAGAUUGUUGUGGUUCAAGUUUGCCGCACCCGAUCCACCAGCUGAAAUCACCGAGGCUGAUGUGCACUCUAUUAUCGACAUGUACAUUAAUCGCAAUGAGGAUGAGAUUUCUCAAAUCAUGAGCCAGUUGCGAAAGAACCGACCCAAGCCAGGUAGACUGGGCAUUCUUGAAUCACUGCGCGAAAAAGACCUUGCAGAGUACAAUGCAGGAAUUGAAAUACCAUCAUUGACCGAUACCAAGAAUGUGGAGAUGCUCAAGAAUUGG